UGCAUCCCGCGCGCUCCCCUGAGCGAGUCCGUCUCUAAAGUUGCUUGUAAAUAACUCAGCAUACAGAUUGUUUUGCUUGCUUUAUCUUUAACCGGCAAACCCUUCGUGAGUUAAGAAUAAUGUCAGAGGAAGGGUUACGAUGAAAGAGGGACGCUUCAAGCGGGAGGAAGGAGAACACGGACAGCGCCAGCCGUCAGCGUGGUCCGUGACAGCAGACCACCAUGGCUCUGAACGUCCCCGGUGUGGUCGCAAUGGUGCUGUUUUACAUCUUAAUCCUGGGCACGGGAGUCUGGGCGGCCCGGAAGUCCAGGAGAGCCGAGAGGAAGAGCAGCGGAGACAGGACUGAGGUGGUUCUGCUCGGAGACAGGAAUAUCAGCCUGGUGGUUGGAAUUUUCACCAUGACUGCCACGUGGGUCGGAGGAGGUUUCAUCCUGGGUGUCGCCGAAGCAGUGUACACUCCCAAAAUGGGCUUGAUUUGGGCUCUGAUGCCGAUACAAUACUCGGUGUCCUUCAUAAUAGGUGGUCUUUUCUUUGCCAAGCCAAUGAGGGAAAAGAAAUAUGUCACCAUGAUGGACCCUUUCCAGGACAAGUAUGGCAGAGUGCUGAGUGGGGCUCUCGUGCUGCCAUGUGUGUUGGUGGAUGUGCUGUGGGUAUCCUGCACGCUGCUGGGACUGGGAGCAACCAUGAGCGUCAUUCUGGACUUACCCUUCGGCUACUCCGUGUGGAUCUCUGCAGCUGUGGCUAUAGUCUACACUCUGCUGGGAGGACUGUAUUCAGUAGCCUACACCGAUGUGAUCCAGCUCGCCCUCGCAUUCCUCAGCUUGUGGCUGUGCGUACCGUUCCUUCUACUGAACAAAAUAUCUGUUAACAUCGCUGAGACGGCUUUCAACCACACAUUUCAAGAGCCUUGGGUCGGGAAUCUGGAUAAAGACAGCGCCUGGAAGUGGAUCGAUGACUUCUUAAUGCUGGGUCUUGGUAGCCUUUCGUUCCAAAGUUUCCACCAGAGGACGCUGUCUGCCUCCUCAUCGAGCACGGCCCAGUUAACCUGCUUUGCUGCAGCAUUUCUGAUCGCCAUUCUGGGGAUCCCUCCUGCUCUGGUCGGGGCGGUGGCUGCCUCCACAGACUGGAACCUGACACACUACGGCUCUCCGCCGCCUUACGCCCGCGGGGAGCAGAGCUUCAUCCUGCCCCUCACUCUGCAGUGCCUCACUCCAUCCUACAUCUCAAUCGUCGGGAUCGGAGCCGUGGCUGCUGCCGUCAUGUCUUCCACAGACUCGGGUCUGUUGUCUGCGACUUCUGUUUUCUCCUCAAACAUCUACAAAAACAUCCUGCGCACCCAGGCCUCGGAUAAUGAAAUGCAGUGGGUGAUUCGGGUAUCAGUGGUAGUAGUGGGUCUUGUUGGGACAUCCAUAACGUUCUACACCAACAGCACCCUGGUCCUCUGGAUUCUUGGGGCAGACGUUUCCUACACCCUCAUGUUCCCCCAUCUGGUUUCUGUCCUCUUCUUCAACGUGACCAAUGGCUACGGCGCCGCCGUGGGUUACAUCGUAGGUGUGACUCUGAGGAUUUUGUUGGGAGAAAACACUUUGGGCAUUCCCGUUGUUCUUCACCUUCCAGGGUGCACUCUGGAGGACGGCAUCUACGUCCAGAAGGCGCCUGUUAGGACACUGUCCAUGCUGUGCACCUUGGUAACCAUAUUGCUUUUUUCUUGGCUGGCUCGGCUCGUGUUCGACCACGGCUUGCUGCCCGAGAGGUUGGACGUUUUCAAAGUAAGACGUACGGUCAGCGCAGCGCCAGCGGAGGACGCCGCGCAGCGUCUGAAAGCCGAGGCGGGAAGCGAUGUUGACGAGGGCAGCCAUGGAGUGGCUCUACAGCCGCUGUCGUGAAACUGGAACAUGAAUGUUUUCUGUAUGUCAAGUUACUUUUUUUUUCACUUUGGGCACAGUUAUUGUGAACUGACACUGACAAUGAUUGUAGUGGCGCCAAACGUUUUAUCUGCUCUUUAAUUUAUCUUGCUGUUUACAUAGUAAUAAAAAAAAUAGCAAUAGAAUUUAUUUUACCUACCAUUGUUUUUCUCUAAACCUGGAGCAAUUUGCGGUUUAAAACACGUGUUCCUUACAGACGUCUUCUGUUCCUGCUUUUCUGCCAUUUAGACCAUUAAACUACUGUCAGACAGGGAUAACCAGAGUAAAUGCAAAAAGCAGCUUUCAGAGGAUUUCGUUUAGUGAAAGAGAAAAGCAAAGCAAACCAAUCUUGGCCUUUUUAUGAAAAAUGAAACAACUUCUAAACCUAAAGACAGCUUGUGCCUUGUGUGUGAUAACUGGAGUGCUUUACACCUCUGUGGAUGAAUUCUGGCCCGCUCUUCUUUGCAGAAAAGAUUUAUUUCAGCCACAUUGGCUCAUAUAUUAUAUAUAUAUAUCAUCU